GUUCACAUGAGAAUUUUCCCCUCUGCGUAAUUUCGUCUCAUUUUUCCCUGUGUAACUUCAUAGUCGGCCAACCACUUUUUUCUGUCUUCUUCCAGACUUUUUUUCCUUUUUCUUUUUUUUUCAUGUAGGCUAAUAUACAGGCCGGCGCUGCAAUUUCGGAAUCUGCCCUUGUAUAUGGCGGACGAAAAUUUCCACAGGAGGAACCGCAACACAAACCCCCCCUGUGCAAGGCAGAAGCGGAGAGCUUGCAAGGAGUCUCGGGCAAAUUCAAUUCAUUACGCCAUUACUCUUUUAGUAAGAUGUAACGUAGCGUGUCACGGAGGAAAAACACGCUGUGGUGAAAAUUGUUAACAUUUGGAAUUUCUCAUAACUAAUUCACAGUUUUUUGAGGAAGCAGUUGUGCAUCCACCUCUGGUCGGGGAGGGAAGAUUUCUGGAGCGGGAGCCUUUUUCGCAUGAGCUGCAUCGUUUUUGGAGAAGCAGGGGCUCAGAGGAGGUGGAGUCAUGAGUGCACAAGAGGCACCCAAUCCUGGGAAGGAACAGGCAGAUGGUGGGAGUGUGGCCACAGAUGGCCCUUCACCAACCAAGAAUACCAGUCCAGCACCUGUAACAGUAAAGAAAGAGCCUGGCACCUCGGAAACCAGCAACGGGAAAAUGGGUGAUGCAAACCCUGCUGAGAUCUGUGUUGUCAUCGGAGGAAGUGAUGGAGGAGCAAGUGGAGGUGGAUCUCGUAGAGCUCAGACCGAGGGUAUGUUUGCCCUUGGUACUCCUCCUCCAACGAAGAGCACAGACUCAUGCAUAGGCUCCUAUGUAUGUGGGGUAUGUGGGAAAAAGUACAAGUAUUACAACUGCUUUCAGACGCACGUCAGGGCCCACAGAGAAUCAGAGAGCAUGGUUGGAGAUGGUCUACCCCAGACACCCAACAGUAGCUUCCGUUACUCCUGUGACAUCUGUGGCAAGAAGUAUAAAUACUACAGCUGCUUCCAGGAGCACCGUGACCUGCAUGCAGUUGAUGAUCCUUAUGAACAGGUGGUCUUACCUGUGGAUGGCCUUAAAGAGGAGGAGCCAGUUGAACCGUAUCAGAAAAUUGGACCAAAAACUGGGAGCUAUGUUUGUGAGUUCUGUGGGAAACAGUACAAGUAUUUCAACCCAUACCAGGAGCAUGUUGCACUUCAUACACCAAUGGGCUCCUUUGAUAUGAAGGCAUCACAGGUACAGGAAUGUGGCAGCAUGGAUAUGAGUAAAUUUGGCCCCAGCCAAACUAAUAAAAUAAAAAACAGUCCAUUUAGACGGAAACUGGAGAGUGCGAUUCAGUCUAGUCUAGUUGACACAAACAGCUCACAAAAUUCAAGCGGAACUCCGAGCCCUCUGGUGGCCAGCUCCUUCUCUACAGCACAGAAACCCUACACCUGUGGUGCCUGUGGCAUCCAGUUCCAGUUCUACAACAACCUACUGGAGCACAUGCAGUCCCACGCUGCUGACAACGAGAACCACACCAAAGCUGACUCUCCCAAAACCUCCUCAGCUUUGGGUCCUCAGGAGCAGCUGUGGAGAGGUUCUCAGGCCCAUUCCUCAGUUAAACUACAAAUCCAGCCUCAAAAUAUCUCCCUGAGAAACCACACUGUCAGCUCCAAUAACGGACUACCUGAGAAGGAGCGACAGCAGGUAGCUGAGCGCCUCUUACGGGUAAUGUGUUCAGAUCUGAGCAUGCUAAAUGUGCUCAACAGCAAGGACUUCCUCAAGUUGGCCCAGACCCUUGUGGAUACAGGUGCUCGUCAUGGUGCCUACUCCACCCGUGAUGCUCUUGGCAACAUGAGUGCCUUGGCACUGCGCCAGCUUUCCCGCAUGUACAACCAAGUCAAGGUCAAGGUCACAUGUGCUCUAGGCUCCAAUGCUUCGCUUGGCAUAGCUGUCACCUGUCACUCCCAGACAUCUGGUCCAGAUGCUUGCUAUGUUCUGACAGCCUACCAGGUGGAGGGGUCGAGACUGAAGCGCUAUGUGCUUGGUGUGAGGGAGGCUGAGUUGAGAGAAGGUCCUGAGCAGGUUCAUCACUGGGUGCAGAAUGUCCUGUCUGAAUUUGUAAUGUCAGACAUUCGUACUGUGUAUGUCUCAGAGCCCAGAGUGUGGGCAGCAGCAUUUGCGGGAUCACCACUGGGCGGUGGCCGGGGAAGGAUAUGCUUGCGAUGUGCAGGGUGCUCACUCGGUGCAGUUGUCCAGGCUGUUCUUGGGAAACGCAGCCUCCAGGCUCGAGGUCUUCAUGAGUUGGCUGAGCUUCUUUCAACAUGCAGAGAUAUUGCCUCCUCCUCCACGCUGGCACUUCGUGAAGAACAGUUCACCAACUCAUCAACAAGCACAAUUGAGGAAGGUACACAGGGCGGCCCUGCACAAUGCUCCACUCCUCCUUGUUGGGAUCGCAUGGCUGAGGCUCUUCUGCAAGUCCAUGCCCACUUUGAACAGAUUUGUGAGGCUUAUGGACGCAGCAAGGCCACAGCACCACUCCUCCAAGGUCUCAACAAACAUCUGCUAGGCACACUGGCUUGUCUGCUGUCACCUCUGCGUCUGGCAGCUCUGGAGCUGAGCAGCCAGAGGAGACCAACCUUACAGCAGGUGCUGCCUGUCUACCUACGCUUGGAGAAGUUUUUCACAUCCAAAGCUGGAGAGGCUGGAACAGGCACGACUAGCAAACUCUGCCACUAUUUCCUAGAAGCACUUAAGGAAAACUUUAAGGUUGAACGUGCUCACCAGGUAGCCAUGGUUCUGGACCCACAACUCAAGCUGCGUUCAGUGCCAGCCUACCAGCAUGAAGACAUAAUCUCCCGAGCAUGUGAAAUGGCUGCUGAAACCAGGGAUGGGGGUGUGACGGGCGGUGGAGGUUCAGGUGGGGAUGAUCGGGACACUGAUGGCCCAGCAGCCCCUAAAAUAAGCCGCAUAGAAGGAGGUGGAAACAAUGGUGGCACCUCCAGGGGUACAUCCUCAUCUUGCACAGUGUCUGGUAAUGGUGAGAGUCACAGCCAAGUCAGGCAAGAGAUUUUCCAGUACCUGGCCGAGCCUCUUCUCCAAGGCACACCUGAUCUCUUCCAGUACUGGAGCUCAGCAGUGGGUGAGAAGUUCCCAAAGCUUGCGCGCCUGGCGCUGUGGCUUCUUGCUGUGCCUGCUGUGGGCAUAUGCAGCGAUUGUGUAACUGUGUGUGAGCAGAGCCUGGUUAUGAAGAGCAGGCAGCAGGUAACCACUGAGGAGAUGAACAAACUCAUUUUUCUUCACUCCAACAUAGGCUAAAAGAGAAACCCAACCAAACCUCACCCAAUGACUCAAGACUAUUAUUUAUAUGCUGUAGGUUUAGAACAACUGUAAACUUUAAUGUGUUUGGAAAGUUAAAUACUUCUCAAGACAGGUUCAUGUAUUUACAGGAAAACUCGCAUUGUAUAGUUUGCAGCUACCCAUAAAACAAAAUGGCUUAUUACAUAUUUUAUAUGGAGAAAGGACUGUUGUAAAGUACUGCGGACAAACUGUAGGGGGUGGAACGCGGUCACACUCAAAAUAUUGUCCUUUUUGGUACGCCGCCCUCGGUUUGGGAUGCACAUGUAAGCAGUCUUCUCAUGGCCAGUGAUUUGAAUUAUUCCAGCCUAAUGACUAAACUGCUACAAGGCUAUAAUGCUGUUAUUCUCAGUGGAUGACAACAUUUUCAGGUAAAAUCAGCUUUCACUGCUUGAAACUACUACAAUAGACCUCUAAAAACAACCCUACUAGAUUAUCAAAGUGGUCCGAGAGAUGGCAGUAAGUAUUGUAGCAUAUGCAAUAUGUUAUAGAAUUAUCAUUUUCAUUGUUGUAUGACCAAAAAAAAAAUAAAGUAGUGAGUCUUCACUGCUAUUGCACCUCUGACAGUUAAGUGUACUAGGUUUAUAACCUAUCGCUGUCUACCCCUGAAAAUACUAUCUUUCCACAUUAAAUGAGCUGGGCAGAUAACUGAAUUGAACCAUUGCAGCUAAUUUGAUGGCUGCUUCAGUGGUGUCAAAAUGGAGCUGUGGGCUAUUUGCAUGCACUGCAUGCAUUUUUCAUCUAUUAUGUUAUAUAAUGGCUGAUUAAACAUAAUUCUGAUAUAAAGCCUUCCCCCUGGCUUAUGUUACAAAUUAUCAAGGAAAGUCAUAUCAAGAUCCGAAUUAUAAGGUUCACCUGAAUAAGUCGGGAUUUUGAUUGGGUUUUCUUUACAAAUAAUGGUAUGUUAGCAUGCACAAAGGGGAUAGCUUUAUAUUAGAACCUGUUUGUGGUCAGUUUUUACACUGAUUUCAUUCAGCCUUACAGUAACAUUGCUGGAUUGCCCCAGUGAGAAAUUUAAAAACAUUUAUAAAUGUUACCUUAAAAUAAUAUGCUUUAGUAUUUGAUGGCACAACCCAGCUUGGAUGUCUGGUUUCAUAGUUUCCAGUGCUGGUAAUUCAGCUUUGUGAAAAGAGAUCGUACAGUUGCUUCGGUGCACCUCUUUUUACAUCAAAGACAUUUUGCCUGUGGAUUGCCAUCAGAUAAUCAGCAGUAAUGUUAUUAGCCAUCACUUUGGUAAGCUUUUAGGCAUUUAUUUUAUUCAUAAUUGCAUAAGUUCUUAUAUGGCUGCCCACUGUGUGUGUGUUUGUCAGUUAGAAGACUUGUCCACAAGGAAGGUAUGAUUAUUUUAUUUAUAAUUUUUGUAAUAUUGUUCUAAGUCUUCCUCAUGUAAGCUACAAAUUUCCAUUUUCUUUUUAAAGAAAUAAGCUUUAUUGUAGGGCAUAGUUUCCACCGUUAUCUAUUAAAAAUGACUGUUCUUAUGAUGCACCUACAGUUAAUUAUUAACAGUAAAUUAUUUCUGUUUGUGGAGUUAAUGGGAUUUUCUCAGGAAUGAGUGCACCCAAGCAGGCACCGGCACUUUUUCCUCACUGUACCGAAAACACACCAAACUGUGACCUCAGUGCCGAGGCAUGUACUGAACCGUGACUUUUGUGAAACGUUCCACCCCAAAUGCAGUUAGUGCCAUUUGCAACAAACGGGGAAAAAAAAAACAGAUCACUGAGGGUUUAUUUUCUUCAGGAUGAAAUAAAUUCUGCCAGUACAUUCACUAAAGUUGACAUAUACAUACAAAGGAAGUCGUUAUUUAUUUUUUUAUGGACUCUAGAAUACACUUACAUGUGCUGAUACCUCCUAAAAUGACUUGGAUGCAUGGAAGUUGUACUGUUAAUUUGUUUGUUGCCCCUGGUACUAAUUAGUCACGUACUUCUUUGUCAUCUGUGUUUUGGGCCUUAAAUCUCUUCUCAUGCGAACACCUUAAACCCUACAAUCAGAGCCAACAUCAUGCUUUUAUAUUGCUGUUCAAUGGCCUUCUUUUUCAAUAUCUUUCCCAAUGCUUGUAGUGUUUUUUUCCCUCCUGUAGACUCAGUCUUAUGGCUCAUGGCUGGAAACAGUGGCCUCUAGUGGUCAAGGUUGACAUUUAACAAAGGCUUUACAAAGAGUUCCCGAGGUUUUAAAAGGUUGGAUUAAUUGGGUCAUCUCUCAGUUCAUAAAACAGGUCAGGAAUAGUUUUAAUAGCACACGGAAGCACAAGUAUCCACUGUAUAUGACUCAGUAGUACAUUAUAAGGCCAAAUGAGGACAUGUCACAUUAGCAGGUUGUCAUUAAGGUCACACCAGAGCAGGAAGCUCUACGUGUGAAUUAACAGGGAAACUCUCACCUGCAUGGCUUUUUUUUUUUUUGUGUGCCAGAGACUACAUCAUCUUCCCCUUGUAUAUUAAAAUACUAAUAGUUAACACCUGAAAAUGCCAACUUUAACAUAUAUAGUGGAAAAAAGUGUUUUUGCAUAUUACCCAGCUUUAAGACACAAUACAACAUAAGGUGCACUAAUAGUUAAACGUUUGGACACACUUUCCUACUGAAUUGAAGGGGAAAGUGUGUCUGAACUUUUGACUGGUAGUGUAUGGUCACAUUACACUUCUGCCCAGUGACUAAAGCCUGUAUGGUGGACAAAUUCAAGUGAUGCACUGUACUUUAAAAUUGGAAAAUCAGAAUUCUAAUGCUGUCAUCUUCUUGUUUUGUACAAUGGUACACAAGCAGUCAAACUGCAGCAUCACUCUCUGUUUGUGAUCUCCCUGAUGAAUGUGCAACCACAUCGGAACCGUGACAGGGCUGAGGGCCAGGCAAUUUUGUUAAACAUAAGGAUAACGUAACAAAAUGUGACUGUAAUUUUAGGUUAAAAUGGCACCAGGAGGAGGAAGUGAGCACAGCACGCCACAGGAAAAUUGGACCAUUUUCCUGUAUAAAGAAGACAUUUUUCAUGGCCUCACUAAAAUAAGUGUUUUUGUCUGCCAAAAUAAAUUUGCUUUGUUUUUUAUUUAUGAGAAAAUCUGUCAAGAUUUAUUAAAAAUCCAUUCAAGGCCUUGAAUGCUUAAAUUAUGUAAAGCAAAGGUGAAUGGCUCUGCAUUGCAAACUGUUUGACUACUGUAGCCCUCCUUACCUCUUUAUUUUUAACAUUUAGGUUCUCCGUAGGAACUAUUAUUAUCCCUGUGUUGAUUUGGUUAUCCAACAUGUUAACAGUUUUUGGUUUUGUAAACCUUGGGGAGAAUGGUUUGAUUCAGUGCAGGCUGACCAAGGCAUCCUUCAUUGCAUUAUGAUCAUUUGCAUUCCUGAAAUCAAUAUUUAUACUGCUGUUUUCAAACUGAUUUAUGUCACACAUUUAUAUUUUGGUAAAAAAGAAAGAAAAUUGCUGUGAAUUAUAUUUAAAAUUUCAUUUGUUUAGGUACCAAUCCAAUGUUUUACCUUGGUACUCAAAGUAUUGUUGUAAUUUAGUGAUCGAAAAUCAGUUUUUCAUACCAAAUUUAGCUUUGGUUAGAAAAAUUGUCAAACAUUAUUUUGUGGUUUUAGCAGUGCUUGCUGAUCGAACUGAUGAAGAGAUUUUUCUUACAGUUUUUAAAUAAGUAUUUUAAAUAGGAUAUGCUCUGGGACAAAAUGCCAUUGUUGAUGUAAUGAUGUCAACUUAACUUUGCUUAGAAAUAGCAUUGUUUUGUUGAUUAAGUGAGAAUUAUAUCUAAGAUAUGCAUGCUUUUAAUAAGAGUACUGAUAUAUCAAAUUAUAAGCCAGUAUUUCUCAUCAGAUGGAAGUGAUACAUGUUGGCUCUGAGUAGAUGUUACCUUAAUGCACCCAUCAAGCAACCGCAGACUGAAUUUUAACAUUUCUAUGUGGGAGUAGUGAUGCUGAUUAUGGGUUGGUGGUUAUCGGUUGACAUCAUCCAUUUUCAGAGGAUGUAUUAUGUAAAUAUAAGAGAACUGCUGUUUUUAUGCCACAAGGGGGCGCCCUGAUAUCAGAGCUAGUGUAGGGAGCACCAAUAACAUUAUACCUCUUUUUUCUACAGUAGCAUUUCAAAAGGUUUUGAUAUAAUAGAAAAGUCAACUUAGAUAAUGUUAGUAGUUAACUGAAAUCAGCUGUAAGUUUUAUUUUGUUUCGAGAUUUUAACUUAUUCAGAUAAUAGAAGUUCAAUUGUAAAAUAUUCUAUAAGAGUGCUUACAUGGAGAUCUGUUCUGUUUAGCUAUGGAUUAUACUCUGUAUUACUAAUUCAGGUUAAGAAAUUAGUGUUGCUUUCGUCCUAUCUUACUGGCAUUUCUUCUUUUUAUAUUCUGCUAAAAUGCAAAAAAAAGUUAGAUUCUAUUCCGUUUGUCUUUUAUUGCACUUUGGCGGCAGGUUCCUGUGUAGAUUCAGAUCUGAGUUGUCUUAUUAGUAAGCCUAAUUUAUACUUUUGUAGCAACACUAUUUUUAUAUAAUGGUGAAGAAAGUUUUUUUGUUUGUUUGUUUUUCCAGUGUCAUAUAUGGAAGCGUUGUUCAAUGUUUCUUGAAUACAUUACCCACUGUAUUAUGUGAUGUGUGAAUAAAC